AUGGGGAUACAAAAGGAGAUAUUAGCACUAAGAGUGGAAGAGAAUGACAAGAUUCAUUUUGCUACGUACCUUUUCACUGGAGCUGUUGAUUUUUGGUGGGACUCGAUCAAAGGAGUCCGAAAUGCUACAGUUUGGGCAGAGUUUGAAACGCUUUUCUUUGACAAGUAUUUUCCCGAGACUGUCAAAGCCCAGAUGUGUGCCGCAUUUGAAACCUUAACUCAGGGAGACAUGACGGUUUCUCAAUUGGACAAGAAUUUCAGUGAAUUGGAACGUUUUGGGGAUAACUUGGUCAAUACGCCGUUACGAAGAGCAAGAAAACUUCAGGAUUCCCUGAAACCUUCCAUUCGUGCUAGGUUAGUACCAUGUCGCCUCACCACUUAUGAUGAUGUUCUUGAAACUGCAUUAGCUAUAGAAGCGGAUUGGAUCAAAAACCAAAAGGAAAGGGAUUGUCCUAAGUCGAAGACACCUGGACAACUAAAUGCAAUCUCGGGGUGUUAUCGUUGCGGGAAGGAUGAUCAUUUUGUAAGGGAGUGUCCUUUACCUGCACCACCUAGGCCACCAACUCAGAAUCAGUUUCAGAAUGCUCCAAGGCCGAAUUUCCAAGCACGACAACCAUACCAGCCGCGAAACAAUGCACCACCCUUCCAGCCAAGACGUCAGCCAAAUGUUCCGGAGCAGCCGAACCAUAUUGCUACUGUUGAGAAGAGGACAGAAAAUUCCGCAAUUGAGGGUAACUUCCUGAUCUUUAGUUCUCGUGCUAAAGUUUUGUUUGAUUCUGGAGCUACUCAUUCGUUCAUAUCAUUACAUUUAGCUGCUUAUCUCGGUUUGAAACCAGUACCCAUGGGGUUUACUUUGAAUGUCUCUUCACCACUAGGAAAUGUAGUGUCCCUUAGUAAAUUUUGCAAGGAUUGUGAAAUAACUUUUGGUGACUAUAGAGUGAAAGUAGAUUUGAUACCGAUGAGGCUCCAAGAUUAUGAUGUCAUUAUUGGUAUGAACUGGUUGUCACAAAACUAA